GUGGUCUCUGCGCGGUGCUCCCUGGUCUCGAGGGCCAAAUACUCAGCGAUGUCUUCGAGAUGAAAAGACCAAAUUUGCCUUUAACCUGGGAAUCGAUACGCGACCACGAGAACAACGUGUUCGAGCUCGCCUCGACCAGCCUCAUCGCUCGCGACUCGGUCACCACGGGCUGCCCUCUGGGGUUCCAUCAGUCGCGCCAAAGCUCUAGCGAAGACGAGUCUUGUCCGGUGUCUUGUCCAGUAGUUGAUGGGGCGCCCCCACCUGACAGAGAGACUACACCGCUCUCGCUUCGGGCGGGAAUUAUUGAAGAUGAUGGCGACAGCAGCGAAGGAGAGAUUUUAGAGGAGGUGUACCAUCCGAGGCAGAUGAGGUUAAAAGGACAGAUGUUAUCUGUUCCAGAAUGGCGUGCCUACAUCUUUCUUGCAACACCAAUGCUCCCCAAUCUUCAAGUUAUGUUCCAGACAGGGUUAUAUAUCAACGACCUCAGCAUGCAUGACUCGAGCAGAGAUCUGGUCUUAGCCGGUACCCAACAGUCUGCUGAACUCAAACUUGCCUUAGACCAGGAACUAAGGAAAAGUUCACAGCUUGAGGAGAGCAUGACAAAGCUGGAUCUGGAGAUGAAGAGAACUGAUUCGCUGCUCUACCAGAUGAUACCGAGACAAGUGGCGGAGAAGCUCCGGAGAGGGGAACCAGCCACAAGCACGUGUGAAGUAUUUACCGCUGUCACUAUUCUCUUCAGUGAUGUCGUCGGCUUCACGACGAUCUGUUCGCGGAUCCCACCCAUGGCUGUCGUCUCUCUGCUGAACGGCAUGUACAUCAAGUUUGACAAUCUCAGCGAAACCUACGAAGUCUACAAGGUUGAAACCAUAGGUGACGCCUACAUGGUAGUGUCGGGUGCUCCUACGACUACCAAGUACCAUGCUGUACGGAUAGCAGAGAUGUCGUUAGCAAUGAGGGAAAGUAUGAACGACCUCAUAGAUCCCUCGAGCAAAGAUGAAAUCGUCAAGAUACGAGUCGGUAUCCAUACCGGUAUGGUUGUGGCCGGUGUGGUCGGUCUGAAGAUGCCUCGCUACUGUCUCUUCGGUGAUACAGUCAACACGGCCUCAAGGAUGGAAUCUACAGGAGAAGCCCUGAAGAUUCACAUGAGUGAGACCACCAAGAAGAAGCUAGAUCAGUGGGAAGGAUACUACGACAUAGAAGAAAGGGGCUCGACAAACGUAAAGGGCAAAGGUUCGAUGAAGACCUACUGGCUACAUGGCAAGACGAGGGAUCCUAGGAUGAGCUCUCCGAUGAACCUGGCGCUAGAGGAGAAAGGAGCAUCUCGGUCUCGACAGUCCUCCAUCGACUCCUCACCGGUGUUACGAAGGAGUGUAGCCGGUUCACGUAUGGCGUUGGAAGGCGAGCCGCGGAGUGUUUCAGCGAACUCGAGGGCCUACUCACCUGUCAUCGCAGCUGAGUACCUGGACCAUGGCUUAGCAUCUCAGGCACUACGAGCCAGCCUUGCACCCAAUGACAGCUCCGACAAGCUCAGUAUGUCCUCUACAGAGACAAUCAAACCAUCUAGUGGCGGCGACUGCCUCAGCAUCGUACGGCGCGACAGCAAAGCAAGCAUCUUCAUGGGGUAUGUACCAGUGACGCCCUCUAUCGUUGACUCAAUAGCAGAGACUGCCCCGAUGACGGUGUGUACAUGUCAACGGAAGGUCUCUCUUUGCAGCAGGGAAGUCCAGACGGAGGAGGUAGGGACUGUCGAUGUUGAUUUCGUCAAGGAAAUUGAAACGAACUCCCACGGGAUUGGCGAGAAGAGAACACUUGGAAACGGAGCCGAGACUGAAAGAAGUGUUGGGGGUAUGGAAAGGAGCAAAGGACAGGCUGACGUUGCCCACAGCUCUGCAUGCUGUCUUCUAUAAGUUGGCUGACUGGAACGCUCCUAAGUGUUUGAUAGCUAUCUUUACAAUGACGUUUUAUAGACAGGGGCGGAAACACCUCAUGAAGGAGUUACGGAAUGUCUCUAGAUCACAAUAUGUUGGAACACCCUUUGGGCAGGUCAGCCUGAAGAUGGUACACUAGAAGCAGAGCAUUUUUCUGAGGCCUUUUUCAAACGGGAGAGUGCGUAUGCUUCUCUAUUCUGUGCAUGAUACCUCUCUUCAAUGUACUAAGACUUCUCUCUCUCUCUCUAACCA